AGUGCUCUAUACUUCUUCACUACUCGUACAGGGAAGGUGGAAGAAAUUCAGUCUCUCUUUUUGGGAGCAGAGCAGUCAAAGAAUGAACCAAACCAAAUGAUUGUUCUAGAAUGGCUAUUCCUCACAAUUGCUCCUUGUGAUGCAGCGGAACCAUGGCAAUUAGGAUCUCAAGACGCAGCAACACCUAUAAUGCAAGGAAUAACAGACUUACAUCACGAUGUCUUUUUCUUCGUUAUUCUGAUUUUGGUUUUCGUAUCAUGGAUCUUGGGUCGCGCUUUAUGGCAUUUCCACUAUAAAAAAAAUCCAAUCCCGCAAAGGAUUGUUCAUGGAACUACUAUCGAGAUUCUUCAGACCAUAUUUCCUAGUAUCAUCCCUAUGUUCAUUGCUAUACCAUCAUUUGCUCUGUUAUACUCAAUGGACGAGGUAGUAGUAGAUCCAGCCAUUACUAUAAAAGCUAUUGGACAUCAAUGGUAUCGGACUUAUGAGUAUUCGGACUAUAACAGUUCCGAUGAACAGUCACUCACUUUUGACAGUUAUACGAUUCCAGAAGAUGAUCUAGAAUUGGGUCAAUCACGUUUAUUAGAAGUCGACAAUAGAGUGGUUCUACCAGCAAAGAGCCAUAUACGUUUUAUUGUAACAUCUGCUGAUGUACCUCAUAGUUGGGCUGUACCUUCCUUAGGUGUCAAAUGUGAUGCUGUACCUGGUCGUUUAAAUCAGACCUCUAUUUCGGUACAACGAGAAGGAGUUUACUAUGGUCAGUGCAGUGAGAUUUGUGGAACUAAUCAUGCCUUUAUGCCGAUCGUCGUAGAAGCUGUUCCUAGGAAAGAUUAUGGGUCUCGGGUAUCCAAUCAAUUAAUCCCAUAAAGCGCGGAAGCUUAAGCGGAAAUGAAAGAGGAGGUUGAGGUUAUGAAGUCACUUAGCCGUAUACUAUACAAAGGGAAAGGCGUCGGUACGGAGUCACGUCAGCUGUGGAUAUAGACUAGGCUAUAAGGAACGGAGUCUUAAACUAUGGACCGAGACUACACUAAGGAACAAGGAAGCUUGACUGAGAAAAGAAGUCAAGGAACGAAGCAGCUUCUCUAAUAGCCCCGUUGAAUAGAAUAGGCGGGCGAAGGCUUUUUGCAAAAGUGUUUUUUGUCUU